ACUUUUUGAAAAGCAUGUACACCUGUAUUGCUACUUGCACUUUGUGAUAACCUUUGGAAUUGGUGGUCUGACAAGUGACAACCAAAUGCAGAGUGUGGCCUCCUUCAAAGUUCAGACCAAAGCUUUAUGCAUUGAUAUAGUGUUUGGCAAAAUAACAAAUAUAACCCCUGAGUUGCUUAGACUUUACGUUUUAAACCCUGAGGUUUACUUUCUUUUAUUAAAAUUCUCAAAUAAACCCCUCCAUUGCUGUCUCUAUUUUUUUCCUUCCCGAAGAAUUUCGGCUGAGACUAUUUCGGACCCUAAAACCCCUCUAGCGAUCCAGUUUCAGUUAAGUGCACAUCUUCAAAAUCAAAACUUCCCGCCGUUUCAAGAGUGGAAUAAUCAACUUCGUGUCGUUUUUAGUGUAGACUCGCUCCUUGGUUCUGUGCCUCGGCCUUUGCCUGCUUCUUCCGCCAGAGAUUCGCCACUCGAGAAAUGAGAUGGCUGAGGUAUCUAAACCAAUGGCGUGGAACGGCGAAAGAAGCAUUCGAUCAAGUCUCAAUCGUUGCCAAGUUUCUCUGUUUGCUUCAUGUCACCGAUCGUUAUAUAAUCUCCUCCACUCACGUUCAAGGUCCUAGCAUGCUUCCGACGCUUAAUCUCACCGGCGAUGUCAUUUUGGCGGAACAUGUGUCGCACCGGUUCGGUAAAAUUGGUCUUGGUGACGUUGUAUUGGUUCGGUCUCCGACAGACCCAAUGAAGAUGGUGACAAAGCGUGUCUUGGGCUUAGAAGGGCAUAGACUCUCUUUCUUUGCUGACCCAUUGGUCGGUGAUGACUCAGUCAACGUUGUGGGAGAUAACGUGCAUGCUUCAACUGAUUCACGUAAUUUUGGACCUGUGCCUUACGAUCUUAUCGAAGGAAAAGCUCUUCUGCGGGUCUGGCCACUACGAUGCUUUGGGUCAUUGAGGUGACGAUCACGUUCGAGUUGUUUCAGCUGCUUUUGGAGUAAGAUGCGUCAAGAGAUUAUUGCUUCAUCGGUUUUGUUGUGUUGUUGUUCAUACUCAUUUGUGUUAUCAUUUAAAUUUUGAUAAAAUCACAGAAGUGGGAUAAGCAUUUUUUUUGCCCUGUUUCCUUGUUGGCAAUAUUAGAGGAAGCCAUGGAUCUGAAGUUGGGAGUAUACAUGAAGCUAUAUCUAGUGUUAAGAUUUAUGUUGGAUUUGGAAAAAAUGUGGUGCCUUUUGGGAUGAUAAUUGUUGCUUGAACAAAGUUUUAGAUGUGUUGAUCCGUUUGAGAUGUGAAGCCAACCUGGAAGAAAGACAGACCGGUUUUUUAUAAGCGUUUGCAUAACCUAAUUAAACUGAACUACUCUUGUCCUUUAGCGAGUGUUUCACAUCGGAUCGGAUAGGUCUGACCGGGAACUAGUUGCUCUUGCCAACUGAACCGUGGAUUAUGUGUUUAACACCAGUUAAUUGAGUUUCCCACUAAUCUUAUAAAAUGUCAGUGACAAAAGUGCAUUUAUGGAGUUUAGGUGUGUGGUGUAUUCAGUUAGAUACAAUCUUUAGUACUAAUAUCUUCAUGGAAAACCACUAUAAUUGAAUGUUACUAAAUUAGUAGACAAAGAAAAGUGUAGUGAUUAAGUUAUGAUAAUAGCCAUUAGCCAAUUAAAUUAUAAACUUAGAAAUCACAAUUGAUUAUUCAAAGUUGCUUCAUAUUGUAAAAAGAAAGCAGAUGAGUAAACUAUUGAUAUGAUUAGAACCUUUUACCAAAAUCACAAAGCAUAUUGGUAAAAAUCUACUAUAUGAUAUGAUUACUGAAUUGUUUAUAGAUGAUAGUAAUACCAUGAUAUUCAAAUGUCUCUUAGGUGGGGAUGGUCAUUGAUUAACCAAAUCUACAAAGUGGUGUGGAAGCAGAGAAGAAAAUAAUGGCAAAUCAGCAUAAUAUCAUCAUUAUUGAAACCAUGAUAUGUUAAAAUAUUGAAUACUAGUACAACCUCAUUGCUUCCUCCACUUUAAUAAUAGGGAUAUGAAAAAUAUCCCAGAGUAAAAUAAGCAUCUCAUUCUUAAUAAUGAGAUUCUCAAAUUUGCUUUAGUUUAAAUAACCAUCAAAGUCUGUUAUUGGUGUCAAGCCAUCAAUACAUAAGAUUCUUAUGUUUAACAUUAUCACAGCAUAUACUUUAUACUGCAUGAUAUACCAGACAUAGUUUUCCGUUAAUCGAGGACUUUAACACGUUUUAUACUCUCUCAGAUACCCAAAAUUCAAUUUAUUUGCUCUAAAUCAAUGACUCAAGAUUACAAAAUUACUCUAGCGAUCAUGUAACCACUAGCGUAAAAGACUUUCCUUGCUAAGAAAAAAAAAACAGCAUAGAAAUGUUUAAAAGGUAAAGCAAAAAAUAGUGGUGACUCGAGAUGAUACUAGUAGAUAGGUU